CCCGGAAUUCAUGGCCCCAGAGAUGUACGAGGAGAAGUACGACGAAGCGGUGGAUGUCUAUGCCUUCGGCAUGUGCAUGCUAGAGAUGGCGACCUCUGAGUAUCCGUACUCGGAAUGCCAGAACGCAGCUCAGAUCUAUCGCAAGGUCACCUCGGGCAUAAAGCCAAACAGUUUCUACAAGGUGAAAGUGCCGGAACUGAAGGAGAUAAUCGAGGGCUGCAUCCGGAUGAACAAGAAGGAGAGAUUCACCAUCCAGGAUCUUCUAGAUCACGCUUUCUUCCAGGAGGACACAGGUGUCCACGUGGAACUGGCCGAAGAGGACGAUGGAGUCAAGUCCAACCUGAAGCUCUGGCUGCGGAUGGAUGACUCCAAAAAUCUACACGGGAAGUAUAAGGACAACAAUGCCCUGGAGUUCCGUUUUGAGCUCUAUAAGGACGUGGCCGAGGAAGUGGCCCAUGAAAUGGUGACGCUGGGCUUUGUAUGCGAGGCAGAUUACAAACUGGUGGCCAGAGCUGUGCGCGAAAGGGUCCUUGCCAUCAAGCGCCAACGUGAGAAGGCCAGGCAGGCUCAGGAGGAGCAGAAGAGACGGGAGAAGGUGUCCACGCCCCCUCCAGAUAUCCUGCAUCUGCUGGAGCUGGGCUCCCCGCCCCCACUCAGCCCUGCCCAGGCCUCCACGCCUACCUCACCUGGAUCCCGGGACUCAGCACUCGGGCCGACUUUCCCCCCAGAGCCAGAAGAACCAGAGGUUGACCAGCACCAGACCUUCCUGUACCGGCAUGGCUACUCUUCCGCCACCUCGGACGGUGAGACAGACGGCUACCUGAGCUCCUCGGGGUUUGUGGACUUGCCUGACGUGCCCCAGAGUCUCCCCAGCCCGAUACCUGCCCCUGAGCCCUCCUUCACUUCGAGCAUUGCCGUGAGCCUGCACCCGGCCUCCACCAGUGACUUCUCUUCCCCCCUGGACAGCAGCUACGCAUCCGACGUGGCGUCUGGCCUGAGUGACGGCUACGAAGGUCUGUCUGCUGGAGAGUGCCGGGUGAAGCCUCCCGUCAAGCGAGGGUCUGGAAGGCUGCUGAGACGGCGUGCCCGGUCUCGCUUGCGCAUCACGAAUAUCUCAGAUCAGAACGAUCGGGUGGUCGAGUGCCAGCUGCAAACGUACAACAGCAAGAUGGUCACCUUUAAGUUUGACCUGGACGGGGACAGUGCGGAGGAGAUUGCGGCUGUCAUGGUUGCCAAGGAGUUCAUCCUGAAAUCAGAACAAGACGGGUUCAUCCAGAGAAUCCACGAUAUAAUUCAUCGUGUGGAGACCCUCCUGCUCAAAGAUGGGAAGAGCAAGGACCCCGAGGAUGUGGGCAGCUCGGGGGGUCAGGGCCUCCCCUCUCCCUUAGCUGCUGACGGAUUCUCAGGCUCGCUGCAAGACCUGUCGCGCUCCAUCUCCUCUUCCUCGUCUCUGAGCGAUCUGGGCUGCUCCAGCCCUGGCCAGUCCGUCUCCAGCCUUGGCCAGGCCUCGUUGGUGGGGGCCCCGAUUGAGAACGAUCUCUUCAGUCCCAUGGAUCCUCCAGCAAGUCCUCAGGCCUUUGGGCUUCCUCUGCUUUCGUUGCCUGCCAAAGGUGCCCCUGGUGUAGCCGCACAGACCUGGCCCUCUUACCUCAGGGGGCCAACGAUGCCUCCAUCCCUGCUCCCGAUGCCCCAGCCGAACCCCCCGCCAAAUGCCCUCCUUUCCCCCUUGUCCUAUCCUCCAGCUCCUCCCUCUCCCUGGACCUCCUCCCCUUCCCCCUCCCCCUCCCUGUUCUCUCUUGCCAAUGUCUUCUCCCUCGCUGUGAUGAGCGUGGCCCAGUCGUUUCUGCCAGCUGUUUCCGGAGUCCCUGCCCAAACCGGCCCUCUCUACACCUCCCCUGCCCCGCAAUCGCCGGCGUUCUGCCCAGCCAGCCAAGCUGCCGCCCACUUCGUCUACCCGGAGAUGGCGCCUCCCGCUCAGCCAGCCCAGGUGGGCAAUGGGCUCUUUGGGUCACCGGCAUCUCCAGGGGGUCUGCCGCCCUCCAACACCUGCGCCUUGGAGAGUCCCCAGAACGGCCUGUCACCUACUUCUACCUGUCCCCAUCCUGGGUCGUACCAGGCUGUAUUGGAUUCUCCAGCCCCUGCCUCUCGCCUUGCCCACCUCUCCCCCAUCAAUGAAGAGCCCAAGCCAAAGAUCCUGGGCCGCUUCCAGGUGACACCAACACGGGACGUGCCCCCCGAGAUCCCCCCUAAGGACAAUGGACCUAACUCCUCUUGCACCUCAGAGCUGGAGAGCGACUCUCCAGGCGGAACGCUGGUCCAGGAAGCAGAGGAGGGCACCACGCCAGUGGCGGAAGGAGAGGCAGAAGGGGAGGCCCAUUCCACCCCCCAUCCCUGGGUGAACUACCUGCAGAGCGCCUCCUAUCCAAGCAGUGACGACACAGACAGCGCCGAAGAUGACGAAGUCUGGGAGGAACUUCAGGUUUUGCGUCAGAAGCACAUGUCUGAAGUGCAAACGCUCCAGGCCCGGCAGAAGCAGGAGAUUGAGGAACUCUAUGCCCGCCUGGGCAAGGUGCCGCCUGCUGGCAUCGUGUCCCCCGCUGCCAUGCUCUCCAACCGCCAGAGGCGCCUCUCCAAGGGCAGUUUCAGCUCCUUUUCACGGCGCAACAGCCUGCAGCGCCUGGAUGGGCAGCCACAAGGGAUCAUGCGGAGGAAUUCUGUCAGUGGAGGCAGCAGCGGCCUCUCCCAGGAGCAGCGGCAAAUCAAGGGAGUGACCUUUGCCAGCGACGUGGGAUGCCUGUAGCCACCCUACCUGUAGACUCUUCUUCGGACUACCUCAGACUGUUGCCCACCACCCAUGGAUGCAAGCAGCCAGGGACUCUGCUCACAAGCAAUACCCUCUGCAGCAGGAGAUUGAUGCAGCAGUUGCCUUGGACUGAUCACCACAACCAACUGUGCCAGAGCACCGGAAGGAACAGGACUGGAAGCGACAGAACAGCCCCACGGGAAAUCUGUGCACCCUAAGCCUCUCGCUGCCCCUUCAUGGAGGCUUCAGAGCCGUGCAUUGAAGCAAAGGCCUUUUUUUCGGCGAUGCUUUUGGUGCCAGUUCCCCCAGGAGUGAUGCUGUGACGGAGUCAGCAUGACCUGUGCCCGAGGCCAGAGACGUUGCGCUAUGGCUCAGCUGCUUCUGCUCCCAGCCAGAUGAAAGCAGUUUGAUUCAGGCACCUGGGAGGAAGUUGGCGCAGGGAAAUUGUGCAGGUGCCUUGCUUGGCUCAGUUCCCAAAGCUCUCCAAAGCCUUUCUGCAGUUGCCUUAAGGGGGAAGGGCACAGCACGUUAAAGGGAUCGGGGCCCUCUGGGCAUCCUUGGCCUUGGCCCACAGCCUUCUGUUCCCGAUAGCUUUGGUGCUGCCUUUUUCCCCACUGCCAUAUUGAUGGGAAUUGCCCUUGUAGCUCCACUUCUACCCAGAUCGCAGCGUGCAGUCAGGGAACAAUCCCUGUUGCUUUCGUGCUUGUGUAUGGGUUUUUUUUUAAAAAAAUAAAUAUAUAUCUAUUUUAGAAGAGAA